AAAUAACAUGCAGCUUAAGAAAGCCCCGUGAGCAAGAACUAAAUCACAAACCAGGCUGCUGCUGCCAGGAACUGACAUCGUAAAGGAGCUCUGCAUAGGAUGAACUUCUGGUGCUUUGGAUGACAAUGACCAUACACUGAACCACACACCUGGCAAGCCUGUGGAUGAAAAAGAAAACCUCAAUAUAUUGAAAUGGACCACGCAAAUGGAAAUGCAAUCACAAGUUUUCACAAAACAAGUGCUCAGUGGAAAGUUGUUCUCUUAAUAUGUUUUUUGUCUCUAAACACAGGUUGUUCAGCUUUACACGAAGUCAAAGGAUUGGUUGGCAAAAGUGUUGAACUUUCUUGUCAUUGUAAGUUCCCAAACCAUACAAUCCGAUUUCUCUACAUGCAAAAAUAUGUCUACAGUAGUGACGAAAUCACGGUGGCUGCUUACUACUCUGGAGAGCCGAUUAGAGACCAAGAUAUCAAUGAAGAGUUCAGAAAUCGUACAAGGAUUGAUCUAUUUGAGCAGGUGGUGGAGCUUUUGGAUGUAAGGAUUUCAGAUGAGGGAAAAUACAAGUGUAUUGUUCAAAAUAAAGCAACAGAAAGUGUAUACACAUUUGAACUCCUGGUAACAGUUACAGCUAAAUUCACACGGCCAGUGGUGCUGAAGAGUGGAGGUAACAACAACGUAAACUAUACCUGCUUCUCCAGCGGUGGAUACCCUGCACACAGUGUGCAAUGGCACUUUAACCCUGACCUCAACACCUCAGACUGGUCCACUGUGGAAGAACAAAAAAUCAAAGACCCUCAAACAGGAUUGUUCAAUGUUUCAAGCACAAUUACAAUUCAUAGCCUGCUAAAUGUGAACAUCAGCUGCUUGGUUCAAAAUGAGACCUCGCUGGCUAUUGAAACAUGGAUAGCAACACCGGACACACCGGACACACCCUUUGAUAACAUGUUGGUGUAUGCUGCUGUUGCUGCUGUUGCUAUGGCUACAGUUUGUGUGGUUAUCUGCAUUGUAUGGAGGACGAAAAAAUCUUGUUCUCUAAACGUAACCGUUAAGCGACCUAGAAUUGAAGCUACCAAUCAGGAGGAGGAAGCUGACAUAAUGGAAUCGAGCACUUGAAAUGAUAAGGAAGGUUACUAUAUAUAAAUCUUAACUAUGAUCAAUAUCAGUGGAUAAUAAUUAAUCAGAACUGUAGUUAAGAGUGAUAGUCAAAGCUUCAGCGGAGUGCUAACCAAGGUUUUGAAAUCGGUUCUCUUAUCCCUUAUUAGCACCAGCAUUAUUAUCACUGGAGACCCUGUAAUUCUGUUUAGAUAUUUUGGUUCUUUGCUUGUAUUUUUUUAAUCCUUCUUAGUCAAUUAAAGCACUCAGGUUGUCUAGGAUUUUAAACAUGUAUCCAGGUGGGCAAUCACAAGCAGUUAUACGAAUAAGAACUUUAAAAGUAAAAUUAUGUUCUGUAUAUGAGGCAAUUUUUGUAUCAUCAGCUAUGUUUUUAUGAAUAUUUUUUCUCUUGCGUAAGCUCACUCUGAGAGUGAUUUUAUCUAAUGUUUUCUCAGAGAAAGACCUGAAUUGAAUUUCUGAAGUGAGGUAGUUUUUUAAAUAACCAGUAGGGAUGAUCACUGUAAUUUCUGCCCUGUCAGCCUCUGUGAGUUAUGACAUGGAAAAGAAAUGUUGCACAACCAUUUCACUUUGGAAACUCAGUUCAUAAGAGUAUCUUCUAAACUUCUAAGCAGAAACAGCAAUGUAUUUGAUAUACCCCCUCACUAAUGGACAGAGGAUAUGUAUUUUUAUGUUUACUGUAGUGUUUAAACGCAGUGCAUUUCAUUUGAAACUACUCCCAAAAGCUUGGAAUUUAAUAACAUUCUGUAAGUGCCAUUUCACAAAAUGUACUAUUCAUUUUGUUUAAAUAGUCAAUUUAUAACUGACAAAACUAACACUUUCUUUAACAUUAUGUUUUAGAUAUUCUUCUCCUAUAAUUUCAAUUCAAAUGUGAUUUUCCCAAAAACUGAAAUUUGUGCAUCCUUUAGGAGAGGUGUUUAUUUCACUAAUUACAGAAUAGUGGUGAGAUGUCUGCUAACCAGGCAGCUCGGUGGCAUGGUGGUUCGCACUGCUGCCUCACAGCACCAUGGUCAUGGGUUUGAUACCGGCCUAGGAGUCUGUCUGUGUGGAGUUUGCAUGUUCUCCCCGUGUCGGCGUGGGUUUUCUCCAGGUACUCCGGUUUC